CUACCUCAGAUGUGUUUCUUCUUGUCCUGCAGCUGUGAAUCAGUGAAGAACGAUGGCGUCUGAUAAAGUGCUGCUUCUGAACUCACUGAAGGACCUGAGAGAAACUGAAUUGAAGGAGUUUCAGUGGCACUUAAAGAAUGAUCAUGAAUCUAUAUCAGAGUCUGAAAUGGAAAAAGCAGAUCGAUUAAAAACGGUGGAUAAGAUGGUGGAGUGUUUUGGGCCAGAAGAAGCUUUGAGGAUCACAGUGAAGAUCCUGAAGAAGAUAAACCAGAACAAUCUGGCUGUUGAGCUGGAGAACAAACACAAGCAAGGUCAGGCUGAGGACAGAAGUGAGGAUCCUGCUCCUGUUAUAGCCGAAUCAAAACCAACUGAGGUCACUUUCCCCAACACUGAUCCCAGGACCAGGAACUACUUCCUACAAUAUUCCCAUCAGCUCACUUUGGAUCUGAACACAGUGAACGAAUACCUCCAUCUGUCCGAGAACAACAGAGUGAUUACUGGUGCAACCACAGAGCUUCAGUCGUAUCCUGAUCAUCCAGACAGAUUUGAUCAUUGGCGUCAGGUGUUGUGCAGAGAGAGUGUGUGUGGACGCGGUUACUGGGAGAUUGAGAGGAGUGGAGAUUAUGUGUGUAUAUCAGUGUCAUAUAAGAGCAUCAGCAGGAAGGGACGAGGUGAUGAGUGUGAGUUUGGAUCUAAUGAUCAGUCCUGGAGUUUGUUCUGCUGUCCUGACAAAUACUCAUUCAGACACAAUAACACAGAGACGGAUCUCCCUGUAAAGUCCCACAGCUGUCGUAGAAUAGGAGUGUUUGUGGAUCACAGUGCAGGAACUCUGUGCUUCUACAGCGUCUCUGACACAAUGAGCCUCAUCCACACAGUCCAGACCACAUUCACUCAGCCGCUCUAUCCUGGGUUCGCUGUUUAUGGUUAUAAAUCAUCAAUGAAACUGUGUUGAUGAAUCAGAAGAGACUGACGAGAGAUUCUACCCAUAACGUUUUGAUCUGCAUGAUAAAUCAGUAACAGUGAGAUGUUA